AAAGUAUUUAUGUGUCCAUAUUGUUCUGUAUCUUGUAGUAAUCGUGGCCAGUUAUUGGGGCAUGUCAGAAUACAUACAGGAGAGCGACCAUUUGUUUGUCAGGAACCUGGGUGUAAUAAGGCUUUUAUUCGAAAUGAAGAAUUAACAAGGCAUCGUAGAAUCCACACUGGGGAGAGACCAUACAGAUGUACGACUUGUAGUAAAGCCUUCACGAGGAAAGACCAUCUUAACAAACAUGUUAAAAUACAU